AUGAAGCUCACAGCGAUUUACGUCUAUCCCAUCAAGGCACUUCGCGGCAUCAGGCUCACAGAAGCCCAUCUUGGUCCGCAAGGCGUCGAGUACGACCGUCGCUUCAUGCUCUGCCGCGUCAAGCCGGGCGGCGAGCUUGCAAAGAUCCAGCUCUCCGAGCAUCCCGAAUGCAGCCUGUUUCAGCAGGAGCUUGUCCAAGGCGACACCCCUGAUGAGCGCGGCGUCAUCCGCGUUCGCUAUCUGGCCCCCAAGGAUGAACCCCUCGUGCCGCAUCACCCGCUUCAAGAUGAUGCGCUCGAAGUGCCUCUGGAUCCGGAGCUGUCAGACUUGGAGAGGAUCGAAGUCAACCUUCACCAAAGCAUGGUGAAUGCGUACCGCAUGGGCGCAGCUUACGAUGACUGGUUCAGUGCGUGCUUUGGGUUCGAAACCAUUCUCCUAUACAUUGGCGAUCAGCGGCGUCCUAUUCUUGGGACAUUUGCGCCGCAAGAUGGGGAGACUCGGGCGACAUCCACAGGCUGGCUCUCCACAGUCUCCAGCUACUUGCCUGGACUGGGCGCCUCGCCUCGACGGGAGCCUCCGUGGCUGGUCUUCUCGGAUCUAGCGCCUUUCCUGAUUACCAACGAGCAGUCCCUCCGCAACGUGUCAGCUCGCCUCUCAGAAGGGGACAUGGAAAUGUGGAAGUUCCGUCCCAAUCUUGUCGUUGACGCGCAUGACGAAUUUGAGGAAGACUUCUGGUCCGAGCUGUCUGUUGACGGCGCCCCGGCUUUCGCCCUCACCAAGCUCUGCAAUCGCUGCUCGUCAAUCAAUGUCGACUAUGACACCGGCCGCAUUGCAAAGGGAGAGCGUGGCGUCGUUCUCAAGAAGCUCAUGUCGGAUAGACGUGUUGACGCGGGAUACAAGUAUGCUCCCUGCUUUGGCAAGUACGGGUUUCUUGCCCGCGGUGUCUCUGGCCUCAACCUCAAAGUCGGCGACGAGGUUACCGUUACAAAACGAUCAGCCGAGAGGCCUGUCUGGGAUUGGCCCAUGAAGUCCAAGGGCGAGGCGCGCUUCUAUCAAUAUGCAUGA